AUGGCACUUUUACAAACGUCCCUCAUUUGGGUCGUGUAUGCCGCAGUAGUGGCUAUUCUGCUGGCGGUGGCGUCGGUGUUUAUCUAUGUCUAUCAAACUCCCCGUGAUCGAUCACCUUCUGUCACUUUGACCUGCAUCAUCUCAAUUACCAGUCUCCUGGCAACGGUCCUUCUACUGCCCGUAGAUGUGGCAUUGGUAUCGUCGACAACUUCUUCGAAAUUGGGCCAGCGAAAGGAUUGGGCAACCCAGGAUGUUGUUGAUCGGAUCACAUAUUCCUUGACGGUCAUCUAUUACCUGCUGUACUCCUUGGAUGCCCUACUCUGUCUUCUGGUCAUUCCAUUCACGUACUUCUGGUAUGAGGAGUAUGAUGAAGUUGCGACUGAGUCAGGUGAGCAGACCGUGGGUCAGCGCAUCUGGGGUGCCCUCAAGUACACACUUAGCUUUAUUGCGGUCGUGGUCAUCUUAUUCUUGGUCGGAUUCUUUGUCCCACUGUCCCAAAAUAAGAAUGAUAUGGACCUCGACUAUUUCAAACGGUUACUGACCGAGAAUCACGGCGAGCGUGCACUCACAUUUGGACUCGGGCUGUUGAUGACCCUUGGGCUCUUAUUAUAUGUCCUUUACACGUCAGUGGGUCUAGCUCUUCUACCGAUUAGUCUCAUCAAGACUGCGCCGUCCAUCUCCAGCGCUAGCUUGCGGGCGAGCUCCGCACAGCAACUCGAGACCAACCAGGAAAGGCAGCGGCAGCUGGAAGGUCGAUGUGCAGGAGAUCCCCAGCUUCUAUCCUCGAAAGACCGUCGAGAACUCGAUACACUGGUACGAGAAGAAAGGACACUGAUCAGGCGCCAACGCCUAGCCGAGGAGUCUCAGGGUGAAGGCCGUAGCUUGUUGAUGAAGACAUGGUACAAAAUUGGAGCGGUGUUGCGGCCUUUCAAACUAUUGGGGGGCCUUCUGCUGCUCCUUGUCGCUUUUGUCGCUUGGGUAUCUAUGCUUUUGACCUCGAUUGACAAAGCCAAGAAUUCGAUCUGCAAGCAUCGGUGUGGAUACAUCCUCGCCCAUGUCAACAUUUUCAAUCCCAUCAACUGGGCGCUUGUCAAGUCGGCAAAGGUCUUUCCCAUUGACUACGCUAUAUUCACAAUACUCGUGUUGCUAUUUUUCUGCAGCUCUGUUGUUGGGAUCGCGGUGGUCGGAAUCCGUUUCUUGUGGAUCAAGAUAUUCCAAAUUCGAAACGGCCAUACAUCUCCACAGGCCUUACUGUUGGCCACUGCCAUGUUAAUGCUAAUCAUCCUGGCAUUGAACUAUUCCAUUUCUAUGGUAGUCGCCCCUCAAUAUGCCACUUUUGGCCCUCAAACGUUCUGUGACCGUGCCCCGGGGGCUUUCAUUGGAAAGCCAGAUUGCUCCAACAGUCAGGAACUUAUCAAGCCGUGCUCCGAGGUGGCCAAGAACCCAACUGCCCAGCAAGUCUGCACACCCAGUGUCGUCAGCACUUUCUUGAACCGGGUCACUUUGAACUACCCUUUCUUUGGGGUCGUGUUCUUCUGGGCUCAAUUCUUUUUCCUAGGAUUGUAUUUGGUUGUGUUCGUUACCUCAUUGCUUCGUUCUCCGAAAUUGGACGAGGCUCAGCUCGAUGAAGAUGCCGAGGAAGCCGAAGAAGAAGGCUUGUUGGCCAAUACUGGUAGACGCUUCAAUGCCAGUUGGCAAGACAUUACUGGGCGAGCGAAUCGUGGUGAGGGCUCACGGGGGUGA